GCUCGUCUCGUCGAAUACAGACGCGGGAAGCCGCACCGCACACCCGCAGAGCGACCAACUCGACCAAUCGCAGCAACGCUGCCCUGUCCACCACCUCCUUCUCCAUGGACGAACCGCCGCUCCAUCCACCACUCCUCCCCGACGCCCUCACCACCGGCGAGUAGCAGAGCGACUCGCUGGCUCGCUGCCCUUGCCUUUACAGAUUUGAAUUCGCGGAGCAGAAGCUUUGAUCUCCCCUGCCUUUCAGCCGUACCGCUCUCUGGGAUUCUCCCCGAUGUCCGCGGCGGCGACGGCGGGCGGGCAGGAGGUGGCGCCGGCCACCGUGGCCGUGGCCGAGGCGGAGGAGUGGGAGGUGUGCGCGUGCUGCGGGCUCCGGGAGGAGUGCACGCCGGCGUACGCGGCCGGGGUGCGCGCGCGGUACGGCGGGCGCUGGCUGUGCGGGCUCUGCGGCGACGCCGUGGGCGACGAGGUCGCAGCCGGAGCCGGGUCGGCGCUGGAGGUCGAGGCGGCGAUCGCGGGGCACGCCGCCUUCUGCCGCGCGCUCGGCGGGCGCCGGACGCCGGACGCGGCCGAGCGGCUCAUCGCGGCGGUGCGGCGGCUCCUCCGCAACGCGGGCGGCAGGGAGGACAAGUCCCUGGUGCUGGUGGAGUUCCAGGAGGCCUCUUGAUCUUGAUCACCUCAAUCUGAAUGGGCAGAUCGAAGAUUUGUUCUUGCAGGCGUUGCUAGCUAGCUAGCUAGCUAUAGUGCUUCUCUGCCAGUCAUUUUCCAAUGUUUCGCAAUUUACAUUUUAGUUCUGAAUAGCUGCAUGCUUAAAUUUGGACAUGAACGCUGAAAUUUCUCCUGCCCAGCCAUAGCCCAUAGGAGAUGUGAAACAUCAGAAAUUUUGGAGGAAAAAGGGGCUGUGAGAGAUUUGAAGUAUAUAUAAAAUCUACAAGAUGGGAGAAUAAUCCCAUCAUUCCUGCCCUUAAUUUAGAUCAAAUUCAUCCGAUAUGUACACCUAUGAUUUAGCACUGCUAAAGAUUGCAAGAUGCCAAUAAAUUUUGGCUGAGGGUAAGAUGUCAAUAUGUUCAUUUGGGCCUGAUUGGUUGUCUUCUCAGCCGAGCAUGGCUCGCAUCAUA